CAUUGCCAUUUACUUCAAUGAUUCUUCUUCCUUCUACUACUUCACCACUUCUUUGAUUCAUUACUCCUCAUUUUCCACCAUGCCUUCCAACCCCUCUUCCUCCCAUCCUAAUUUCGCCAAUGUCAAGCCUUUACUUACUGCCGCCGCCUCCUUUGCCGCCACCCUCGUCCUAGCUCGCUCCGUCGCCAACGACUUAUUGCCCCCUCAUCUCCGAUCCUAUUUGUACCAUGGUUGUCGAGACAUCUUCAACCGGUUCUCCUCCCAACUCACUAUGAUCAUCGACGAGAGGGACGGCCUCGGCCCCAACCAAAUCUACGACGCCGCUGACACCUAUUUGGCCACCAAAGUCUCCCCCUCCACUCACAGACUCAAAGUCACCAAGCCCGAGAAGGAAGAUAACAUCACCACCACCAUGGAAAGCAACCAGCAAAUUACUGACAUCUUCGAUGGCGUCCAAUUUCACUGGGUCCUCGUUUGUAGCCAAAUCGAGGAACAAAAUCUCUACAAUCCUCGGUUACCUUUCCGUUCUACCGUCCGAUCUUUCAAACUCUGUUUUCACAGGAAACACAGAGACAUGGUACUCAAAUCGUAUUUGCCCCAUAUUCUUCACCAAGCUAAAGAGCUGAAACAGCAGACUAAAACCUUGAAGAUCUACACCUUUGAUUUCCGUCACAUGUACGGCAACAAUUCGAAUUUAUGGAUUCCGACCAAUCUCGAUCACCCCGCCACAUUCGAGAAGCUCGCCAUGGACUCUGAGAUUAAGGAUUUCAUUUUGAGAGAUCUCGAACGGUUUGUGAAGAGGAAAGAGUAUUACAGGAAGGUGGGUAAGGCUUGGAAGAGAGGGUAUUUGUUGUACGGUCCGCCAGGAACUGGGAAAUCGAGUUUGAUUGCAGCAAUGGCAAAUUACUUGAGAUUCGCUGUGUAUGAUUUGGAAUUAACAGAGAUCCAGUGUAAUUCCGAUCUGAGGAAAUUGCUGAUUGGAAUGGGAAAUCGUUCGAUUUUGGUGGUGGAGGAUAUUGAUUGUUCGAUUCAAUUUCAAGAUCGAGAGUCGGAAAGUGCUGAAGAAGAAAACAUACCGUUUAGGAGGAGAACAACACAGGUGACGUUAUCGGGUUUGUUAAAUUUCAUUGACGGGUUGUGGUCGAGCUGCGGGGACGAGAGGAUUAUUAUAUUCACGACGAACAGGAAAGAGAAGUUGGAUGGGGCAUUGCUCCGGCCGGGAAGAAUGGACGUUCAUGUUCACAUGUCGUAUUGCAGCCCUUGUGGGUUUCGGCUUUUGGCGUCCAAUUACCUUGGGAUUGAGAACCAUCAGUUGUUUGGUGAGAUCGAGGAGUUGAUUUUGAAAGCAAAAGUGACACCGGCGGAGGUGGCAGAGCAGCUGCUUAAAGGGGAAGACGGUGAUACAGCAUUAAGGGAAUUGAUGGAGUUUCUGGAAGAUAAGAAAAUGAGAAAUGAAGAAGAAAGGAAGGGCAAAAUUGAUGAUGAAUCUGAAAUGGAAGCUGGAGAAAAGGAGGAGAGGAAAGAAGAGAAUGAAGGUAUAGCGGCCUGAAGUUGAAGAUGAACUAAAUGACGGGUAUUAUAGCUAUGUUCAUGCUUCCAUUCAAAUAAUUAAAAUCGUGUAACGGCUACUACAUAUGUGUGCAUUUAACCAAAUUAAAUAUAUAUAUAUAUAUAUAUAUAUAUAUAUAUAUAUACAUACAUACACACACUCGCUUAUAAACUAUAUACUAAGAUUGAAGUUUAAUAUUCAACUCAAUUCUAUCUUAUUUUUAUGGGUUUAUA